ACUGCUUGUCAUGUUUGGAGAAGAAGGUUCACAGUGACGGAGAUGACACAUGAUGAUGAGCGACCUCAGUGAUUGGUCGGGGCUUGUAGCUCCGCCCCCCCAGCUCCUCAGCCCCCUUCUAUAAAAUGGAUCUUCUGAUGGACUUGAUCAGUUCCACAAACCUCCUGCUCCUCCUCUUGAUGAUGAUGAUGAUGAUGAUGAUGAUGAAGAUGUUCUUGUGGUUCCUGGUUCUCCUCACCCUCCUGGUCCCUGGUUCUCCAAAGGCUGAAGCUGCUGUUUCUCCUCUCAUCCUGAGGCAUCGACCACUGCUGCUCCACCUGGACCAGGAGUUCUUCCUGCAGCUGAGAGGAGCACACGGUCUCUCCUGGUCUGCUGCUGGUUCAGACGUCCUCUCCUCGUCACCACGCUCCACUGUGGCCCAACGGGAGGAGAAGGAGGCCACACAGAAGACCAGAAGAUCGGAGGAGUCUCCCAUCUCCCUGGACCUCACCUUCCAUCUGCUCAGAGAGGUUCUGGAGAUGGCCCGGGCCGAACAGGUGGCCCAGCAGGAGGUCCGAGCCAACCGCAGAUUGAUGGAUGUCUUUGGGAAGUAGAGAUACUCCCUACUUCCUGUCACAUGAGCGACACCAGUGUCAAGGACUAGAACCAGUCUAUGAGCAACAGAAUCUUCUGCUCCUCCUCCUCCUCCUCCAGCGUCUCCCACUUCUUCUUCUUCUCUCUCCUCACUUUUCUCAUUUCAUGUAGACCAACCCAACCUCUGGUCUGGACCGGGCAGGUUGAUGUUUGACUUGUUGCCAUGGAAACAUCCUCCGUGACAUCAUCUCAUCAAAGCUGCUGUCUAAGGAUGACUCUGUGAUUGACAGCUGCAGUACCCCUGCUGGCCACUGAGUAUUACUGCCACCUACUGUUUCUGUUUGUCAUGCUUUACUGGUUAAUGAAUGAGAAGAUGUCACAUGACUGUUGGUCAUGUGACAUCUUCUGAGAGGCAAAGAAAAACAUCGUUUUUUUUGAAAACCUCUUUUAUUUGAGACAUUUCAAAAUAAAAGCAUCUUCACGGAAAACGAUCUAAAAUGUUAUGUUGUUA